CUCUCUCUCUCUCUCUCUCUCUCUCUCUCUGUCUUAAAUGUGUAUUGCAUGGCAUUUUAUUCUCUCUCUAAAUGCUAAUCCAUUUGAGGAUUAACACUGUCUGGACUCUGGACAUUGGUGUCUUCACAGGUUGCCACUACACCCUCAGGUUCUUGUCUUGAACACACCGCACUGGUCGAGAUUUGAGGUUUGGGGGUUUAGGGUUCUAGGGUUUUAGUUCUCUGCUACUUCUCUUGCGAUGUUUCGACAAACAUCGGGCCGAAAUCACAGAAGUAAGGGUUUCAAGAUCAGGCAUGCCUUGCAAAUCGGGUUACUGGUCGCUGUUUGUAUCUGGCUAUUGUAUCAGGUAAAGCAUUCUCAUGGUAAGAGGAAGGCCUAUGAAGAGAACAAUGGGAAAUUGAUUGAGAAAUUAGACGCUGGCCGAGAGGAUUUCAGUCUUGGGAGAAAGGGUUUGAACGGAGGGGUUGAAACAGAGGAAGAGAGACAUGAAGAAGAAGAGAGACAUGAAGAAGAAGAGAAAGAAGAAGAGAGGGAAGCAGAAGAAGAGGGGGGGAAGGUAGAGGAGAGAGAUGAUGAAGCCAGAGGGGGUGGAGAUGAUGAGAUCGAUGAACAGGAUCAGGAGAAAGCUGAAGAGGAUUUAAUAGACGCCGAAGAUGAGAAAUUAGAUGAAGAUGAGAAAUUAGAUGAAGAAGAGAAUGAGAACCAGGGUGAGGAUAUGAAUGAUCAGGAAAAUGGUGAAGAGGGAGAAACUCAAAAACUCAAUGAAGAGAUUGGUAGGGACACACAGAUAAUAAGAAAUGAAGAUACUGCUGGUUCAGAUCCUGAUGAAGAGGAGAGAGAAAAUCUAGAAGACAAGGGCGAAGAUGAAGCUCAUGGUGAUGGGGAGUACAUAAGAAACCUAGAAACGAAACCAGGUUUUGAGAGGGCAGAUGAGUCCCAUCCUGUUGAGAAGCAGGAGGAUAAACAAGUAAACUCCAUUUUAGAGAGAGAAGAGCAGGCUCACACUGAAGAGAAACAGGAAGAAAACCCAGAAAAAGCCAGUUUAGUGACGGAAGAUGAUGCUCAUCCUGAUGAGAAGCAAGUGUCUAACCCAGAAAAACCCAAUUUAGAGAGAGAUGGAGACGCCCACUCUGAUGUCAAACAAGUUGAAAAUCUAGAAAACCCCAGUUUGAAGAGAGAAGAUGAAGUUCCUGAGAAAUUUCCAGAAGAAGAGAAACUCAAUUUCCAGGGAGAAAAUGGAACCUUAGAUGACAGUUCGUUAAAGCCAAACAUAACCGAGGAAACCGUGGUUCUUGAUAAAACUCCUGUAACCAAGGAUGCUGAGACUGUUAUCUCGAAGGAACAAGAUGGUUCUCUGAACAAUUCAACAAUUGUGGAGCCAACCAAUCAAACUGUUAUCUCUACUGCAGAUGGUGCUGAAUCACAAGGUUCAUUUCUUGAGAACAACUCUACUAGCUCAUCUCAAAAUAAAAGUAUAACCAAUGAACCAAAGGUUCCUGAAAGUGAUGGUUCAGAAGAUGCUGCAACAGAAGAGAGAGAGAUGGAAGAGAGAGAAAGGGCUAAUACUAAUGAUGGUGCUGAGUUGGAGAAUAAUGGGUCUCUUACAACAAACGGGACAACAGAUGAGUCAGAUCACUCUCUGCCUCUAGUUACUCAAGAAGAAAGAGAGGCUCUCACUGACUUAGAAACCUUGCCCCAGGUUGAAAGUGAAGCGACAAACACCGAAGCUAUUUCAGUGGAGUGAGAAUACGAAAGGAGAAGCCUUCCUGGAGGUUUCUUCUUCAUCGCAGAAAUUAGGUGCCACUCCUCUGAGACAUUUAGUUGUUCAGCUCCUUACUUUUUGCUUGCAAAUUGAAUAGGCAAAUGUAAGGAUCUCUUUUCUUUUUCUUUUUUUCUUUCUUUUUUCGUUUUCUUUUCUUUUCUUCUCUAUACCUCUGUUAAGUAGGUUAGAAUGUUACUUUUUUCUUUUCUUUAUUUCUCUUAUACAAUUUUAAAAUUUUUGUCAUGUAAUAUGCAUCAGAAAAUUAAUGUAAGCAUGGUUGUUCUUUUUGUGUUU